GAUCAGCUUGAAACUUAAUUCCUCCCAAACCUGUGUAGCUUAAUAAGAUUUUAAAUCGCCUGUUUAGAAUUUAGGGAACCAUUCCAGCUCUUCUCUUUAUUCUCCCAGCUUACUUAAACGUCCUUCUCUCUUCUCUUAACCUUGUAUCAACUCGGUAAGGAUCGUUUGUAGAUUUUUCCGCCCUAUUUGCAGGGAAACUAAUACCUAUGGAUUUCAGAACCCCCUCCAGGGACUCCAGGCCAUACCAGGAUGAUGAUUCCAGGGGAUGAUAUAUAGUGUUUUUGUGAUAUGGACACUAAAGUCUGGCACAUCAUUGAAAUAUUAAAAACGCCCAUUUUGGCUGAGCUGUCAAAGAAGGUAGAGGAGAAGGGCAGAGCAUAUUCGCAGGGCAUAAAUCCUCUCUGCUGCCUUUCAUGUGGGAUGCGUGUGCCCUUGGUUACCUAGUAACUCUUCUCCGUCUCCAAUCGGCGCGCCCGAAUGUGGCUGCGGGAACGCGCUGCGCGCACCCGCGAAGCUCGUGUUGAGUCCGGGAGUCACGGCAGAAGCAUCCAAACGCGCUAGGAGGAGGAGGAGGAGAGCUACCAGCUUGAGAAAACAGAUAACAUUUAAAUAAAUAAUAAUAAUAAAAAAAAUAAAAUAAUAAACAACAUGAGGAAAAAGCAGUGACAUGACAGCGGAGGGGACAUAAUGACAGCCGUCGCUUUAUAGGAAGGUCACUCCCGAAAAAGCCAAGCAGUUCGCGGGGUAAAGGGAUAUUUGGAGUAUUUCUUCCCGGCUGUGAGUGAAGAUCCCGACACAGUCAGCCCUGUUCCGGCUUUUUAUUUCACGAAACUCGGCAUGGGGACUCGGCGAGGCAGCAAUCGUUAGAAGAUCUAACGAACGGGACAAGGACGUUGACACAGAGAGGAAGUGCAUCCCUGCUUUUCCUGGACUGUAGGCUCGGAGGCUCGGGUAUCUCAGCUGAUGACUUUUCCUGGACUUUAGGGCUGAGUGGGGAAGCCUGUGUUUUGUUUUUUGUUUUUGCUGAGGGGCUGCCCCCGCUUGUAUGUUGGUCACUUGCAGUUGUGCUCGCUCACAAGGACCAUGUGGUUUCCACCAAGGAGAAGUCAUCUCCCCUCUCAGAACUGGAGCAGUGGCCUCAGUUGCACCACCUUCGGCUUGUCCUUGUGGGUUUUGAGUUUUUGCUGGUCCUUUGGAGCGUUGAGAGGACAGAGCUACCACCCGACUGUGAACACACAGUAUGGGAAACUACGAGGGGUGAGGGUGCCACUGCCCAACGAGUUCCUGGGGCCGGUGGAUCAGUACCUAGGAGUUCCCUAUGCUGCCCCUCCAGUGGGAGAGAAACGCUUCAUGCCUCCUGAGCCUCCUUCCUCCUGGUCAGGGAUCAAGAACGCCACCCACUUUGCACCGGUCUGCCCCCAAAAUAUUCACAAUGCCGUGCCAGAGAUCAUGAUGCCCAUAUGGUACACCUUCAAUCUGGAUAUAGUUACCACGUACAUACAGGAUCAACACGAGGAUUGUCUUUAUUUAAACAUCUACGUUCCAACCGAGGAUGUCAAAAGAAUAUCCAAGGAAUGUGCCAGGAAACCCAACAAGAAAAUGUGUAGAAAAGGAGGGGUCCAUGCAAAAAAACAGGGCGAGGAUUUUUCGGAUAAUGACGGUGAUGAAGAUGAAGACAUACGAGACACCGGUGCCAAGCCCGUGAUGGUCUACAUCCAUGGAGGAUCCUACAUGGAGGGGACCGGCAACAUGAUUGAUGGGAGCGUCCUGGCCAGCUACGGAAAUGUCAUCGUUAUCACUCUCAACUAUCGCGUCGGAGUCCUCGGAUUCCUCAGCACCGGUGACCAGGCUGCCAAAGGGAACUACGGACUCCUGGACCAGAUCCAGGCCCUGAGGUGGAUCAGCGAGAACAUCGGCUUCUUCGGUGGAGACUCCAACCGCAUCACUGUGUUCGGUUCUGGGAUUGGAGCCUCUUGUGUCAGCCUGCUCACCCUCUCCCAUCACUCUGAAGGUUUGUUCCACAGAGCCAUCAUUCAGAGCGGCUCUGCCCUCUCCAGCUGGGCGGUCAACUACCAGCCGGUCAAGUACACUCGUCUCCUGGCAGAGAAGGUGGGCUGCAAUGUCCUGGACACCUUAGACAUGGUGGACUGUCUGAGGAAGAAGAGCUCCAGAGAGCUGGUGGAGCAGGACAUACAGCCGGCGAGGUACCAUGUGGCGUUUGGGCCUGUAAUUGAUGGCGAUGUCAUUCCGGACGACCCUGAGAUCCUGAUGGAGCAGGGAGAGUUCCUCAACUAUGACAUCAUGCUAGGGGUCAACCAGGGCGAGGGCCUGCGGUUCGUGGAGAAUGUUGUGGAUUCGGAGGACGGCGUCUCUGGAAAUGACUUUGACUUCUCCGUCUCGGACUUUGUGGACAGUCUGUACGGGUACCCCGAGGGCAAGGACACGCUGAGGGAGACCAUCAAGUUCAUGUACACAGACUGGGCAGACAGGGACAAUCCGGAGACCAGGCGCAAAACCCUGGUGGCCCUGUUCACCGAUCACCAGUGGGUGGAGCCGUCAGUGGUGACGGCUGAUCUGCACGCACGCUACGGCUCUCCCACCUACUUCUACGCCUUCUACCACCACUGCCAGAGCCUGAUGAAGCCCGCCUGGUCGGACACCGCCCACGGGGAUGAAGUGCCAUACGUUUUUGGAAUUCCAAUGAUUGGUCCGACCGACCUUUUCCCCUGUAAUUAUUCGAAGAACGACUUCAUUGUCAGCGCUGUGGUGAUGACCUACUGGACUAACUUCGCCAAGAGCGGGGAUCCCAACAAGCCGGUUCCUCAAGACACCAAGUUCCUCCACACCAAGGCGAACCGCUUCGAGGAGGUGGCCUGGUCCAAGUACAACCCCCAGGACCAGCUGUACCUGCACAUCGGCCUGAAGCCGCGGGUGCGCGACCACUACCGCGCCACCAAAGUGGCCUUCUGGAAACACCUGGUGCCCCACCUGUACAACCUCCACGACAUGUUCCACUACACCUCCACCACCACCAAAGUGCCCCCCCCAGAGACCACGCAGAACACCCUGUCCACCAAGAGGCCCAACGGGAAAACCUCCUGGCCACUGAACACCAAGCGUCCACCCAUGUCCCCGGCCUACAACAGCGAGAACGAAGACGUGACGGGCCCCCUGGUGGUGGAGAAUCCACGGGAUUAUUCCACCGAGCUCAGUGUCACCAUCGCCGUCGGAGCGUCGCUCCUCUUCCUCAACGUGUUGGCCUUCGCCGCCCUCUACUACAGGAAGGACAAGCGGCGGCAGGACUCUGGUCACGGCCAGCCCAGCCCUCAGCGCCAGACCACCUCCAACGACAUCGGCCACCACGCCCCCGAGGAGGAGAUCAUGUCGCUGCAGAUGAACCAGACGCACCACGAGUGCGAGGCGGGAAACAGCAACGAAGGAGCGCUACGCUUGGCCUCGCUGCCCGACUACACGCUCACCCUGCGACGCUCUCCGGACGACAUCCCCCUCAUGACCCCCAACACCAUCACCAUGAUCCCCAACUCGCUGGUGGGCAUGCCGAAUCUGCACCCUUACAACACCUUCACGACCGGCUUCAACUCCACCGGCCUGCCACACUCCCACUCCACCACCCGUGUAUAGCUUUAGGAGGCGGCCAGUGUAGGCAGCAAGGGGGCGGGAGGGGAGUGGAGGUGGCGGAGGAAGAGCCAGCAGAUGAACAAACGGAGGAGAGGAUUGUGUUUUAUAAAUAUCACAGGGAUGGGGAGGGGAAGGGCAAGAGUGGGAUUAAAAUAUGAAGAGAUUUAACUAGACUUAUACAAUGAGGAGAGUUGCUGAGAGCUCUCUUUGGAUGUCAAGAUGUGCAGAGCUGCCAAAAUCAAACUGCUUCCCUUCUUCUGACUGGGGAGGGGGUAUCUUUCUGCAGUGUGUGUGUGUGUGUGUUUUUUUUUUCUAAAAUAAUCAUUUUAAAAGCCUUUUUAAGCAAACCGAGGACAUAUCGACACCCUUUUUUCCUUGAAUUCAUAACAGUAAUAAAGAAAAGUGCUUUUUAUUUCCCUCUCCUCGCUCCUGUGAGACACAUCCCGAACAAUAGCAUCGACGUCAAUAUUCGCAAAAAUGUUUUUAAUUGCUUCUUUUUUUGUUUUUACGUGUCAUUGCCUUACAAAGCUUGUUCUUUUUUUUUUUUUUUUUUCUAUUUUUUGUCAUUAUUUCUAUUCCCUAAGACUAUUCCGAGUGGAGCGGAUGAGACUCACAGAAACAGAGAGACUGGAUCUAGGAUGGGAACCUAGAGAAUCGAGGUUUUUAAACUCUUUUCUUCUUUCAGUCGCCACUCCAACGGCAUUUUAAUUUCUUUGUUUAGCUCAAAUGAGGAGGAUUUGUGUGCGACGGCGCUCGCUGAGAGGAGGCAGAGAUAAAUAAUAUGUUACUGUGAUUGUUUUAUUAAGGGGGGAAAAAAGUGCAUCUUUUGCAGCCAAUUUAUCUGUUAAGCUAUCUGAUACUCCGAUAUUAUCUCCACACGGUGUGCACGUACACAUGCUGCUGACAGCGCCCGUAUGUCUGUGUGCAUGAGGACUUGAAGGAAGAGACACAUUCUGGGGACGUGCAAGGAAGCAAUAGUGUGAAAGUGUGUGUGUGUGUGGGUGUGUGUGCAUGUGUGUGUGCACCGGGGUUUUUUUUGUUGUUGUUGUAUAAUGGGGGCGGGGGUUUAAAAGAGUGUGGGCUGGGUAAAAGGGUACCUUCUCAUGUCGUUGGUUUUUUUUUUUUUUUUUGGCUUCAUCACCAGUAGUGUUUCUGCUGCGUCUCUGGGUGUCUGUCUUUGCGGUAAAAAAAAAAAUCUCUUCUGUUAUUUUUAAAGGUUCUAUAUGUCUAAUUUCGCUUAAAGAUUAAAGAAUAAAUCUAUUAUUUUAUGUGUAAGAGUUAAAAAAAAAGAAAACGAGAGAGGGCACACGCGCAAGAGAGAGAGAGAGAGAGAGAGAGAGAGAGAGAGAGAGCUAAAGUUGCAGCUGAACUAAUCGACAUGAUUCCAUUGACUUUGUAAGAGUUCCUCUCCUGAGGCGGACUGUGGCCUGUCUGCACUGAGCCCACCUGCGUCAGUGCACACUUGUAUUUCUUUGAAAAUAUAUAUAUAUAUAUAUAAAUAUGGGUAUACAUACAUAUAUGUAUAGGGCUUCUACGGCGGUUGGUCUCAGUUAGUGCAGAAUCGAACCCCGCGUUCACACUCAAAGACGGCGACACACGGCGAGAUUCUGUGAACUGUUGUCAUUUGGAACAUCCCGAACCAGAACCGCUGCCCCCCGGUGUCUCUCGGUUGUAAGAGCUCUAUAUUUAUAUUUAUGUAUAAAAAUAUUUACUAUUUAUUUAUGUAUACCAGAUGCAUACAUGCUGAUUGUGCCAUGUGCCAAAUUAAAACUGUAAGAAAAAAAAACAAAACAUGAAACAUCAAGUUUCACUAAACUUUUUCUUCCCUUGAACUUUUUUUUUUAUUUUUUAAAUCUCUUCCUUUUUUUAAAUCUUUUAUAAAGUUAUGGUUUUCAUUUAAAACGUAUAUAAAAAAAACACCAUUUUGCAGAAUGCUAGGCAUCCAUCAGAACUCCUCUUAUUUCUCUCGCUGAAACCUUUGAGGAAAAACAGGCUAACAGCUCGGGGCCCAGCGUACACAACUCCAGGUUUUUACUGUAAUUCAUGCAAAGUAACGUCGCAGCGCGGGGAUAUUGUGCAGAGAUUGUCUUGAUGUACUCACAUUGCAUCCUAUUAUGCGUUAUUCCCCGGGAGGAGUCGGAGUUAUUGAUGCUGCGAGUAAAACUGACAAUUUUAAUGAAGUAUGGAGGCACACCACAGACGUUCUGCUGCAUUACAGUGAAGUGCAGUCAUGUGACCUGAGCAGUGAUCCUGGAUGUUGCAAUUCUCAGACAUUUCAUGCACACACACCUCAACACUGUCUGCCAAGCAUCCCAUUACAACGUCCCGCAGUAUUUAAUGAUUUGAGGUGCAGCCGAGUGAAAACCACAGUCUGGUCAGCCCGACGCUGAACCUGCCAGUGGCAUCAAAAGAAGACGGGGGAGACGGGGGGAGGUGGGGUUAUAUGAGGGGACUGGGCCACAUGAGUCAUACUCUUACUGCUGUAUUAGCUCUGCGUACCGAGUCGACAUCUUCCAUGGAGUCACAACCACUAAAGAAAUAAACAUUUGACUUAAAGCUGGAAAAACCACAUGCACUCAAGUCAAAAAGACAAUUGUUGGAUGGAUUUUCCUAACUUUUCAAGAGCCAUCUUCAUAAUUCUUAUGGAGGGAUGGAGAAUGGAUUAUAUUAUAUAUAAAAUGACGCUAUAUAUAAAACUGCACCUUGUGCUCUGUAUUAACGCCCAUUGUUUUAUGUGUUUACAAAUAGAGUCUAUACAUUUGUAUUUUCAUUUUAAAUGUUGAAAUAUGAAAAAAAAGAUCUAACGCUUUAUGACCCACUCGCAGUACCUUAAAGAUCCACUAGAGCAGGUCAUUUCUUUCUUCAUUUAAAGAUACAGUCCACCGUACUGUCCAGUACCAGCCGACCAGAGUUUGAUACAAAAAAAGGUUGGGAACUGCUGCUCCUACAGAGGUCACUGACCUCCUGUGACGGACUUAUGACUGAAUCCACAGCACGAUCAUGUCAUCAUUUAUACUAUCAUGAUUGUGUGUUAAAGACACUCAAAGUAAGAAUUAUUAACUACAAAGGAGGAGAAGUGGACAGGUUUGAAAAACAAAGUCAGAAAUUGUGGGUGACCUCUUGACCUCCAGGUCCUAAUGCAGGGUAUUUACCACAGCCACAGAAGAAGGAGGUCUGUUUUUCCAACUUUAUCUACGAUUGCAGCAGCAACUUUUGCUAAUUCUCCAUAUGAAUUUUAUAGUUAUGGCCAAAGCCCCCCCCCCCCCCCCUCACCCCCCAGGCAGCCUAUCACAAAAAUCUAGUUCUGGUCUUUUCCUCUUUCUUUCUGCCUCUAAUCCAUUUGCAGCAGCAGGAGGUCAUUUUCUGUUGGUCAUUCCAACAGACACAGCAGCACUGGGCUAAAAAUUGAGUGGUGGAGCUGAGAGUGAGCCAUCAAAGGGGGGAAAUAUCAGGGGAUGCUGACCUAUUUCUGCAGUGUAACUUUCCCGUGCGCCG